AUGGGGCACCUCCGCUCCCAUUGGUACGUUGACGGUGGUGGCACGUCAGUGGAAAUCGGCUCAAGGCUAAAAAUUAAGCAUGGGUCAGAAGAGAAGAGAGAAGGAAAGAUAGUGAACGGAUACCUCAAGAUAAUGAGCCUCGGUAAACUAUUUGGAAACAAGCAGACGGAUCGCGUUUAAGGAAAGGAGAGGAAGAUGAUAUAGAGUGGAUUGCAGUCAACAAAUCCGUUCUUUUUGGGGCUUUUGUGUGGCCCCAGCUCCGGUGCAUCUCCCUUCUGAGAUGGAAGCUGAGGCAGCAGCGCCUCCAACCCCCAGCAGCGCUCCCUUGUGGCGGCUUGAGGAACGGCGGGCCAGGAAGCCAGCUUCGGCCAACAUCUUCGGCGGGGUGGCGCUUUGGCAACUCCAGAAACUUUUCCAAGCAGCGGGCGACCAGGACGCGGAGCAGAGGGCCCAGCUGGUCUGGGGUCAGGGGGGUGAGGCGGAGCUGGCCCAGGCCCUGAUAGGGCUGAGGGCCCGGGGCCGUCGUCGAGGGCUGAAGACCCACCGCAGAGAUGGGCAGAUGGGUUCCCGCUGGCUGAGGGCCUUCCAUCACAUGAGGAUUCGCGAGGCUUCCCCGAACAGUCGUGGCGUCGGUUCAAACGAAGACAGCAGCAGCAGCAGCAGCGUCAACAACCACAACGAUGACGACGAGGACGAGGACGAGGCGGAGGAUUCAGAUAAAGAAACACUCUGUCCUGUAGAACCGUGCACACAGACCCAGGCGAAAGAUGUCUCUGGGGCCACAGUUUCUCUGCCCCACAGCCAGGGUUCAAUCGACACUCCUGACGAGCUGCGCCGGGCUGGCCCCGGGCUACGGCGGGGCUCUGAAAGCCGUCCAGAACGAUACCUCCAUCACAUUAUUCACUAACUCCACCCCAAGCCGGGCUGUCGUCUCCAGCCCUCUCUGUGUGGCUGAAUGUCUUCCUGAGGAGAUGAGACCAGUAGACGAUCUUCUCUCAAUACUUGAACUGCCAUGUUUGGACUCGGUGAUGCUGCUCUGUGUGUGUGUGUGUGUGUGUGUGUGUGUGUGUGUGUGUGUGUGUGUGUGUGUGUGUGUGUGUGUGUGUGUGUGUGUGUGUGUGUGUGUGUGUGUGUGUGUGUGUGUGUGUGUGUGUGUGUGUGCGCGCGCGCGCGUUUGAACGUGAACCAGGGUGAAACUAUUUGUAUAUCUACCCCCACUACUGAACCGAAACUGAAACAAACCUUCAGUGGUUUUAGGCAAGGAAGUGUAUUUCAUAACUGCAGGGCGUUGCAGUUCCCAGAUGAAAAAGUGCAUUAUGUAAACGGGAAAUCUAUGAACUCUUAGCUCAUCAAGGGUGUAGCAAUGCUUUGGACAAUGACUGUCUCUCUCAAUGGAUGCCUUAUGACGCAAAUAUAGAACACGAAUGCACCAGUAAAUGGAAGUUCCAGGUUCAGAAUUAGUUUCAUGGCGAAUAUAAAUAGUGUUGCAAAAAGCUUGGCAAAACUUUAUUGAAUCAGGAUCUGUCCCCCUACUCGGCCUGAAUUACAACAACCUUUCCGACCCAUGUGAUGCAGGACAAUGGGUCGUGGUGAAUCAAAACUCAAACCAAAGACACUAAAGAGUGGUCUCUUCAAUGAUCAUCCCAAAGAAAAUGACUGAUAUGUAUGAGUUGUGAUUUGUGCAUACUUGUAAGUUAAAUGUCAAAGGGUUGUGUGUUAACCAUUCAACAAGUUUAUUAGUUGAAUCAUGAGUUUCCUUCACAACUGUGUACACGUAAUAACUUUUGGAUAUUUUUAACAGUUUAUACAGGUGGGUAAAUGUUCAUUUUAGCAUAAGGUAUCCACAGCAAGUGUGUUACGAUGUGGAACAUAUGUUUAAGAAAUGUUUUUACACUAAGGGUACAAAAUUAUUUAAAAGCACAACAUGCUUUAGUAUUCUCCUUGUUGGUCUCUUGAUUGAAAUGAUAACACACACACACACACACACACACACACACACACACACACACAGA